AAACUUCCGUUUUUCGUGUCAUAUGACUUGUGAGUGUUACGUUCAUUUCUUUUUGCACAGCAGUUACCUCGACUGAGUGGUUUACUCUAUUAAUUUUACAAUGGCAACAAUGAUGCAAAAUCGACCUGUGGAUCUCAACGGCCCCGAGGCUGGUGCAAGACAACACGCUCAAGCAGUGACCAGAAACUACAUCUCUCAACCGAGGCUGACUUACUCCACGGUGUCUGGGGUCAACGGACCUCUGGUGAUCCUGGACAAUGUCAAGUUCCCCAGGUACGCCGAGAUCGUCCACCUCACCCUGCCGGAUGGAACCAGGAGGAGUGGCCAGGUUCUGGAGGUGAUUGGGACCAAGGCUGUGGUCCAGGUGUUUGAGGGAACCUCUGGAAUUGAUGCUAAGAAGACAGCGUGCGAGUUCACCGGUGACAUCCUCCGCACACCCGUCUCUGAGGACAUGCUGGGGCGUGUGUUUAACGGCUCUGGGAAGCCCAUUGACCGCGGGCCUUCUGUCCUGGCUGAGGACUAUCUGGACAUCAUGGGCCAGCCAAUCAACCCUCAGUGUCGUAUCUACCCCGAGGAGAUGAUCCAGACGGGGAUCUCCGCCAUCGACGGCAUGAACAGCACCAGGCCAGAAAAUCCCUGUGGGCCCGGAACCCGGCUGCUCCCAAAGCAGGAUCUGUACAAGAGCGAGCUAGAGGCUGAACGGGCUGACGAUGUCUUUUUGGAUGGCCUGCCACAGGUCUCCAUGGAGUCUCUGGCCGAGCUCGAUGCAGCUCUGACUUUGGGAGAAGUGGAGAGGGUCCUUCAAGGACUCCCUCACACCAGAGCUAAAGAUGCCAUUGAGUGCGGUGUGGUCAUUAAGGACUCCCUCACACCAGAGCUAAAGAUGCCAUUGAGUGCGAGAGGACACAUGGACAAGGCAGACCCAUCCGCUGCCUGCUCUCAGAUACUGGUCAAGAGCUCACUGAUCCCGCUGAUAUUCUCGCGCUCUCUCUCUCAGAUCGCAGCCCAGAUUUGUCGGCAGGCUGGUCUAGUGCAGAAGUCCAAAGAUGUGAUGGACUACAGCUCUGAGAACUUCGCCAUUGUGUUCGCUGCUAUGGGGGUGAACAUGGAGACAGCUCGGUUCUUCAAGUCUGACUUUGAGGAGAACGGUUCCAUGGACAAUGUCUGUCUGUUCUUAAACCUGGCCAAUGACCCAACUAUUGAACGCAUCAUCACUCCGCGCCUGGCUCUGACCUCCGCUGAGUAUCUGGCCUAUCAGUGUGAGAAGCAUGUGCUGGUCAUCCUGACGGACAUGAGCUCCUAUGCUGAGGCUCUGAGAGAGGUGUCUGCUGCCAGAGAAGAGGUGCCCGGUCGUCGUGGUUUCCCUGGUUACAUGUACACCGACUUGGCCACCAUCUACGAGAGGGCUGGACGUGUGGAGGGAAGAAAUGGUUCCAUCACACAGAUCCCAAUUCUCACCAUGCCCAACGAUGACAUCACCCAUCCAAUCCCUGAUCUGACGGGUUACAUCACUGAGGGGCAGGUCUAUGUGGAUCGCCAGCUCCACAACAGACAGAUCUACCCUCCCAUCAACGUGCUGCCGUCUCUGUCCCGUCUGAUGAAGUCGGCCAUCGGAGAGGGCAUGACGCGCAAGGACCACGCCGACGUCUCCAACCAGCUGUAUGCGUGCUAUGCCAUUGGUAAGGACGUGCAGGCCAUGAAGGCUGUGGUGGGGGAGGAGGCCUUGACCUCUGAUGACCUUCUGUACCUGGAGUUCCUGCAGAAGUUUGAAAAGAACUUUAUCGCUCAGGGUCCCUAUGACAACCGGACGGUGUUUGAGACGCUGGACAUCGGCUGGCAGCUUCUGCGUAUCUUCCCCAAGGAGAUGCUGAAGAGAAUCCCCCAGAGCACACUGGCCGAGUUCUACCCCCGCGAGUCCACCACUCGCCACUGAAGCCCCCACUCUUACCCCCGACCGAAGGCCUACUGCCCUCUGGGUGGAAUGGAGGGAGGACACACACACACACACACACACACACACACUGUCCCUCCCUUUCCUCCAGUUUCAACCCAGAGAAAUGGGUUUAGUUAGUCGUGUAGUGCUAUGUGUUGUGGGUAUGUGUGUAUGUAGAUGUGUGCAAGCCUGAUUGUACGUUUGUGUGUGUGUGUGUGUGUGUGUGUGUGUGUGUGUACACGUUUUACCUGUAUCUGUGUGCACCUGUCGCAGGUUAUUUUGGCUGUUGUGCUUUCAUGUUUUGUUUGUUUCUCCAUUGCAGUUUGCAAAAAGAUGAUAAUAUUUAUGAAGGUCCCUCAUGAUUGCUGUUGUAUUUAUUCUGUCGUCAGCCCCAAACGAAGAUGGAAGUCCAACACGUUUGAUCUUAAAGGGAACGUAGUGUAUCUUUCACUCACCCUCUCGCUCCUUAACAUUCUCUUUGGCUUUCAACCUGAGAUGCAACUCAGAUCUUCUAACAUGGCAGGAUGUGUUUGGCUUCUUUGGAAACAGGACGUGCUGUUUAUGUUGAGAGGGGUCAUUGUGUAACUGAUCUACACAUGUGAGCAAGAGCAAUAUGAUUUCAUCACUGGCAUCUCACUACUUGGACCAUGGAAUGGUUCCUAAUUGAGCUAGUACCUCUCCAUACCCAUCACCUUCUCAUCAUGUUUGUCAGUCUUAUUUUCUCUCUCUCUCUCUCUCUCUCUCUCUCUCUCUCUCUCUCUGGCUCUUUCAGUCAUAGGCUACUGUAUUAGACUGAAAAUGGUUAAGAUGUUUACAUUAUUCGUGUUCUGACUGCAGUGGGCUGUGACAUUAACUAAGACACUGAGCAUUCCUUUGUCAUCACCAAUCCUUGAAAUGAUUUAUCUUUGUGGUUUACCCUUUUAUGAUACUACCCUUUCCGAAAAUGAAUAAAUUAUAUUAUUCUCACUGUA